AUGGAAGGAAAAAAGGGGAAGAAAAUGUGGGAAAAGGUGGUGGAUGUAAAGGAAGCCAAGGAGCAAAUAUUAUUUUCAGUGCCAAUGACAAUUACCAACUUGUUCUAUAAUCUAAUUCCAUUGGUUUCGGUUAUGUUUGCUGGUCAUCUCGGUCCACUACAGCUAGCUGGCUCUACUCUUGCCAAUUCUUGGGCUACCGUUACCGGUUUUUGUUUCAUGGUUGGCUUAAGUGGUGCACUUGAGACUUCUUGUGGGCAAGGAUUUGGUGCAAGAUUAUACAAAUUGCUAGGCGUUUAUCUCCAAGCAUCAUGCAUAGUCUCAUUGGUUUUCUCCAUGAUUAUAUCUAUAAUAUGGUGGUUUACAGAACAUAUUCUAAAAUUGUUCCAUCAAAAUCCUGAAAUUUCAAAAGAAGCAGCACUCUAUAUCAGAUUUCUUAUACCAGGAAUUUUCGCCUAUGGCAUUUUACAAAACAUUUUAAGGUUCCUCCAGACUCAAUCUGUGGUUGUUCCCUUAGUUAUAUUCUCUCUCCUGCCGUUGCUCUUGCAUUGUGGCCUUAACUAUCUCUUGGUUCAUUGCACCACCCUUGGUUAUAAGGGCGCGGCAUUAUCUACCUCCUUGACAUUUUGGUUAUCGGUUAUUAUUCUAAUUGUUUAUGUGAGAUUCGCUAAGAAAUUUGAGCAUACUUGGAGAGGAUUAUCAAUGGAAUCAUUUUCUUAUGUCUUCGCCAACUUAAAAUUGUCAUUACCUUCUGCUGCUAUGGUUUGUUUAGAAUCUUGGGCGUUUGAAAUACUGGUGUUUUUGGCUGGAAUCAUGCCGAAUGCUGAAGCAACUACUCCUCUCACUGCACUCUGCGUUAUUACAGAAACAAUGGCUUUUAUGGUUACUUACGGCUUGAGUGCUGCAGCAAGCACGCGAGUUUCAAAUGAGCUUGGAGCUGGGAAAGUGAUUGAAGCAAAGCAUGCAAUGGGCGUAACAUUAAAGUUGUCAAUUGCCUUUAUUGCUCCUGUUCUUGUUUUCAUAGGCUUCGGACAUAACAUUUGGGCAGGCUUUUUUAGUGGCGAUUCCACUGUAAAUAAAGCAUAUGCUUCCAUGACUCCUCUCCUUUGCAUAUCAAUAUUCUUGGACUUCAUUCAAGGCAUAUUAUCAGGGGUAUGCAGGGGAUGUGGUUGGCAGCACUUGGCCGUGUUCAUAAAUUUAGGAACAUUCUACCUCAUUGGUAUGCCUAUUGCAUGCUUACUUGCCUUCAAGGCUCAUUGGCUUGUCAAGGGUCUUUGGAUGGGUUUAAUAUGUGGCCUCUUCGCUCAGUCUUGUUCGCUUAUUCUGAUUACUCAAAUCAAGAAAUGGAAAACAUUUGAGCUCUCUCAUGGUGACAUUGAAGAUUUAACUCCCAUCUAGUCAUUUUUAGCUAAUUAAGAAUGUUAUGUAUUAUUUCUCAUCUCUUCCUUCACUGUUCCUUUGCACAAUUUAUAUGGGACUGGUGGUGUAAAUUAUGGGAUCU